AUGGAGAAUAAACCAGUGAGAAUAGCUAAAACAGCAUCAACAAUUGACAAAAGAGAAGAGACUAAUCCAAAGAGUAUUAGCUUAGAAAUGAUAUGGUAUAUGAGAGCUUUAUAUCAAAAACAUGGGAAUAAUGUAACUGCAAUGUUUCGUGAUGGUAAGUUAAAUUAUCUUCAAUAUACAAAAUCAAAAUUACAAAAGUUACUUCAACAAUACCUUGCUGUUGAAACAAGAAUUCAAGUUGAAGAAGAAAUUGGUGAUAUUGAUCAAUUUAAUGGUAAGACUAAUGUUGAUAGAGAAUUAGAUGGACUUGAAGAAGAGCUAAAAGCACUUGGAAUUGAUGAUAUUUCAUCAGAUGAAGAGUUAGAAAAACAGAUUAUGAAUGAGUGUAAUGUUCCUGAAAUUCCAGAAGUUAGUGAAGAAGAAAAUGAACAACAAAAAGAAGACGAAGGUAAUGAAAAAGAAGAACAACAGAUGGAAGAAGAAGAAAAAGUAGAUAAGGAGAAUGAAAAACAACAAGAAGAAAGUAAUAAAGAAGAAGAGAAUAAACAAAAAGAAAAAACAAUUAAAAAACCAAAAAUUAAAAAACAACAAAUAAAUAAACGAAAAUUAGCGAAGAAGUAA